AUGAUCGCCCAGCUCAAUCUUUUCAGGCAUUACGGUGCUAUGGUUGUGAAACGGUUUGUGAUGACAAUGAAGACAAUCGCAGCGAAAGUAGCAGACAUCAUUACGCAAAAGCAGCAACCAAGAAUGAUGCUUUCAAGGAUUACCUGGAUAAAAUUGGUCGCCAUUUUGCUUGUAUUUGUUUGUGAGUUCCAACUGGCCUACGUCUGGAAUUUAUGCAAUCAGCCGCCCCUUAUCGCCCUGGACAUUCUUAUCAUAGAUUUCUUCAGGUACACCGCUGGGACUAGCCACACUCGCUUUCAGUAA